UGUCAAUUCAAAAUCCAUAUUGUGGUUGGGCAACAACAUUGAACAGGUUGAUUAUUUUCAUUUUUUACAUAUUUAUUCAAAUGAUUUUAUUUAAAUUUUUUAUAAUUAGAUGUACUAUGAGAAUUACUAAUAGCAGUGAAGAUAUACGUCGAUUCGAAUGGUUGCAAAUAAGAGAUAAUUGUCCAAAUAUUGUCAAAAUUAAUCCGACAGCCAUAUCAAUAGCGAGAUCCAGAAAUCUCGAAUUAAAAGUUGAUAGUGUACCGGAAAAUCAUCAAGCAUUAUAUUCUUGUUCAUUUCCUCUUCAACAAUAUUUUCAAUGUUUUUUGGAAUUGACAGAUGGUUCAACUGUAAUGACAGUUCCGGCAUUGUUGUUAAAUGAAACCUAUUUAGUUUGUGAUUCAUUCAAAAUUACAUACGAUGACAUUAUUGGAAAACAAAAGUAUAUGUUUAAUGUUAAAUGGAAAGAAUGUUCUGAAUGCAAUUAUAAAGUGCUUGAACGUGAAGGAGAUUUUAACGUUAAUGUCUACAAAUGUCGACACCUAUCUGAGUCUUGUGGUUCAUGUUUAUUAUUAGAAGAUUAUUACAAUUGUAUAUGGUGUGAAAACGAAAAAUUAUGUUUAAACCCAAAUUUGUCUAAUUGUGAACAAAAUCAAGUAGUAAGUGCAGUAAUGGGUACAUGUGCUGAUCCGAGGAUACUCCAGAUUGUUCCUUUAUAUGGUCCAUUAAAUGGGCAAACACCAAUUAAAGUCUAUGGUACAAGUUUAGGACAGAAAAUGGAUGAUAUUCAUGCCAUAUUAAUUUAUAAAAAUCAAACAGAAUAUCCCUGUAUAAUUAAAUCCGACUUCUACAUUGUUUCUAAAGCAUUCGUAUGUUUACCAAGUGAGAAAUUGCCAAUUGGAAUAUAUUCAUUAAAACAACCAAGAAUAUCAGCAUUUUAUCCUAUUUUGGGUCCACGUUCGGGAGGCACAGUCUUAUCUAUAGAAGGAAAAUAUUUAACAGUCGGUAGUAAAAUACAAAUAUACAUUGGAACACAAGAAUGUAUUUUAUUAAAUGAACAAUAUGACAAUAAAGAUUUGUUUUUGAACGAUACAGUUCUAUUUAAAAGAUCGACUAUCAUUGAUGACGAAAUAAUACAAUGUCGCACAACAAAGCUGUUAUCGUCAUCUCACAUGGAUGAAAUUCUAUAUCAUAAACCUUCAAAAAUUAUUAAACGGCAAGCGCUAUGGACUGGAACAAUAUCAAUAUUUAUCGAUAACUUCACUGAAACCUAUUCAAAUCUAACAUAUUCCUACAUAGAUGAUCCAAUCAUCUAUAAUUUAAGUCGUUAUGCAAGUAUAGAGAGUGGUGGAUUAUCAAUUUUUGUUUAUGGAAAAAAUUUACAUGCGAUACAAUUACCAAAAAUUUUUCUACAAUACAAUAAUAACAGUCAAUUCUAUUCUGAUCAUUGUAUUGUGAACAAUUCUGAUGUCAUGGUAUGUUAUAGUCCAGCAUUAAAUUUAUCGAAUUUAAGUAUGUUAUCACCAUCAUUAUCUUCGAUAACACCAACAUUGACUCGUAGUUCUUCAAUUGUAACAGAAUUAAGUUCAAAAAAAAGAGCACUAAAAGAUGUUGAUUGUGUUGAAUUUAAAUUUGGUUUUAUUAUGGAUGAUGUGGAAGCAGUUCGAAAUACAUCCACAUUUUCGGAACCAUUUUUUUUAUGUCCUGACCCUCAAAUCUAUCCAUUUUCGAAUGAUGGUAUAAAAAUUCAGUAUCAGUAUGAAUAUUUAACAAUUGAUGGAUCAAAUUUACUCAAUGGUUUAAUAGUCGAAGAUUAUCAAAUAACCGUCGGUAAUUUUCUUUGCAAUGUUACGUCUGUUAGUGAAAAACAAAUCGUUUGUUUACCACCGAAUCGAACAAUGUUAAAAAUACGGAAACGAUCCAAUUCCAAGAAUGAACAAGCAACAGUUACGGUGAAAGUGGGCCAUCGAUUUUAUAUAGUUGGCGUACUAGCCUAUCAAAAUAUUGAAAAACGUUCAUCCAUUCUUUAUUACAUAGUGGCUUGUAUUUGUGGAAUAAUUCUAACUGGAUUCAUUAUUAUAUCCUAUAUUCUAUUUCAUCAAACAAAUACAAAACGUACUAAACAACUAAACCGUUUACAAAAUCAAAUUGAUACAUUAGAAAUGAGAGUAGCAAGAGAGUGUAAAGAAGCUUUUGCUGAGUUACAAACAGAUAUUGGAGAACUGACAAAUGAUUUAUGUCAUUCGGGAGUACCAUUUCAUGAUUAUCGAACAUUUUGCAUGAAAAUAUUAUUUCCAAAUGCAACUGAUGAAGAAGAAUAUAUGAUGUUACAUAAUGUAGAAUUACCCCUUAAUACGAAUAGACGUAACAAUGUUCGUCAAGGCCUUUGUUUAUUAGAACAAUUGUUGCAUAAUAAAAUAUUUCUUUUAUUAUUAAUUCGUACAUUAGAAGCAGAUAAAAUACGAUUUCGUUUAUCCGAUCGUUUAACAUUUGCAUCAAUAAUUAGUAUUUUACUUCAAGAUAAAUUAGAAUAUUUUACAGAGUAUGUAUCUUACAUUCAAAGGAGAACAUAAAAUUUAGCCAAAUAGUUUUUAUAAGAAUAAAUAUACUUUUGAUCACCAAAUUUUUCUGCCUUCCGAUACUCGCUAUACUAUAUCGAGUACUGUCGUUCGUUCAAUCGAGUUGCUUUAUUUUAUUCAUUCCUGUGCGUCAUACUUAAUAGUCAUCACAUUUCACUCUUAUUUUGCUGGCAUCUCCUCGAUAUUUUGCUGACU